GCGGUUGGACAACAUCAGGUCGGUAUCACCCGCCGUCGUUAGCAAGUGAGCCGAGCAGACCGUCACGUAACAUAAAUGAACGUACUACCCUGCAAAUACAGUGGCCAUGUGUACCAGAGGUAAGCGAACGGAGAUGAACCCGACAACGUCAUUGGAAACACAAGAUACCUCCUUCAUCUUGAACCUAUGGCUGGAGCUGGAGAAACGUAAAGUUUCGCCGCAAUCUGGCGAGCAUGCACAUUCCCGUCGGAUGUCGUCUUUGUCGUGUUAUCUACCUCUAGAGGUGCAUGUAACCCCAGAUCUACGCGGACUGGGCGGCGGCUUGCACAAUGAUGUAGGUACCAUUGGUGGGACUGAAAAUGAACCGGUCACUGCGUGGAUAUCAUGUUCUCCAAUUGAUGUUCCCACGCUCCCGGAAUACUGUCCAACGACGUUCCAGUCCUGACAUCAUCCGUGGAUCGUUCGAAAGGGUUUUGAGACUAGGUAUCUUCAUGUGGAUGGGAGCUCCAGUCCCCAAAGCGAACGAAUUUCAGGUUUACUUGAAAACUCGGGCAAGUUGUAUGGGUCUCGAAAUGGCUCAAAACUUGACAACCCGACAACCUGACAAACCGACGGUGAAUGGUGAGGAACCCAGACGUUCCAGGAUGCAAUGUCUCGAGAGUGUCGACGGUGCCUCGGCGUACCUUGGGUCAACCAAUGAAUGGACAACAUAAUCGAUGGACGCCGAUCCUAGACCUCGCCAGCUUGGAAUCCGGGGGAGGAUAUCCGGCCAAGAGUGUUGUUCAGGGGCUCAUGAUCAACUCUCCCCCAUCAAAACCUCCGCACCGCCUCCUCAUUUUCGGGCGACCGGUUGAUCCCGCGACCCCUCACGGAGACAUGCAUCCCUCUACUGUAAGGCAGAGGUAGAGGUAUAUUAUAGACAACGGGACCUCCCAUCUCGAACCAAUGCAACCAUCUUACCCCCCCAAGUAUCACAGCGUGACAACCGCACCACAAUCCCAAAGGGAACUCACCAACAUGGCUCCCACUCCAGAUCUAAACGUUCCUCCUUCCCCCUCCACCGUCUCGGUGUCCAUCAUCAACUCAACCGGCACACUCCAUGGCGUGCCCGCCAAAUCCUUUGUCGCUCCUCCCCAACAUGGACAUGACUGGCUCGCAGCCCCCAUGUUCGCCUUCCUCAUCCAGCACCCUGUCACCGGCCGCUCUCUCCUCUUCGACCUCGGCAUGCGCAAAGACAUUGAGAAUAUGCCUCCCAAAUUGCUUCACCACUUUGGCGAAAUCGGGUGGACGUUGUCAGCCGAGAAAAACGUCGCCGAUAUAUUGAAAGAAAACAAGUUUGACGUUUCGAAGGUGGAAGCGGUGGUUUGGUCCCAUUACCAUUUCGACCACAUCGGCGAUAUCACCACCAUCGGAUCGCAGGCGGCCUUGAUCGUCGGACCGGGGUUUAAGAAGGGGUUAAUGCCGGGGUACCCUACUAACCCGGACUCGCCGAUCCUGGAAGCGGAUUACAAGGACCGGGAGUUGAUCGAAGUGGACUUUACCUCAGCCGCUUCAGACGGCAAAAACUGGAAGCGCCUGCAAAUCGGCCGGUUCCCAGCAGUCGACUAUUUCGGUGACGGCUCUUUUUACCUCCUCGAUGCCCCCGGCCACGCCAUCGGACACAUGUGCGGCCUCGCACGGGUGACCUCCCAACAAACAGAUGGAUACGACAGCUUCAUCUGCCUAGGCGGCGACGCCGUCCACCAUGUUGGCGAGAUCCGACCCUCAAAAUUCAAGCCUUUGCCCGACCAAGUCUCUCCCAACCCUUUCCUUCCUCUCUCGGCCGGUUGCGACAGCAAAUGCCCCGGCGCGGCGCUCCAGAAGCUGCUGCCCAACCCUGAGCUACCGACCAAGAGCUUUUACGAAGCCGCGAGGGGAGAGGCCUGGCAUCAUGAUGUGGAGCAGACAAUCGAUACGGCGGGCAAGUUGCAGGAGCCUGACGCGCUGGAUAACGUGUUUGUGGCAAUUGCACAUGAUGACUCGCUAUUGGACGUGGUCGAUUUUUACCCGGCAACGAUGAACGACUUUGUAAAAAAGGGGUGGGUACAAAAGGGACAUUGGAGGUUCCUUCGGGAUUUUAGGGAUCGUUUGACGAACAAGGAGAGGGGUGGUGUUGAGACGGUGGAGUGGCCGCAUAAUAGGACCUGGGGACGUGUUGAGAAGGUUGAGAAGAAGUCGGCUUAGAUAUCGUCUUGAUAGUUUUGUGCGCAAUACCCGAGGAUAGAUAGAUGUUAGUGGCCUGAACACGCCUUUUCGCCCCUUUGUUCCAGAAGAAGUGCAUUCACACAUCAACAUCAUGCUCAACGACAUGUCAACCAAGAUUCCUCUCUUCCUCAGACAAGAAAGAUGCAUAGAUGUAGGUAUCAAACUCACAAUUUUACCGAUAGAACGACUUCAGUCGUCUCC